UGAAAGCUAAUUAGAAUUUCAUGGUAGUUGGUGAGAAUCACCGAUGCAUCAGGCGGAAACUACUCGUCACGAUAUAAGAUGGCGUUCAUAAGAUGUUUUGGUCGGAUAACAUUACGUAAAAAGGCUGUAUUAGGAACUAUUUUCUCUAUAUGGAUCGUUGUUUUGGUUCUACAAAAGUUUUGGGAACUAAAGUUGGAGAUGGAAGACUCUUAUCAAGACCGCCAAGCUACACUAAACAACAGACGAAUGAAUCAAUCAUACCUGCCCAUUAAAGAUCCUGUGAUUACUCCAAACGGCUUUAAUAAUUCUCAAUUCUUGSUAAUAAUUCUGGUAUCCAGCUCACCGAGUAACCUACACAGGAGAACUGCCAUUAGRAAKACUUGGGGUAGRGCAGAAAACUGGAAUUUCUUUGGUACRAUGCCACUGGUGUUGAGAAAAUYGUCGUACAGAACAGCCUUYGUUAUUGGAACUUCAUCAUCUCUUWCUCUAGAAAUACRAGAAGAGAUAGCUAAAAACCAUGAUAUGUUAAUUGGAAAUUUCACGGACUCAUACAAGUCGUUAAACAUCAAAGUAUUUAUGGSUUUKMAGUGGUCUUUGUCGAUAGAMUGUAAAUWUAUCUUGAAAGCAGAUGAUGAUGUCUAUGUAAAUGUACCACUUUUAUCUACGUGGUUGAAUAACAAAAAUUCAAAAAUUCCAAAAGACCUUUACUCUGGUUUUGUGCACUGGAGUAUUGGUCCAUUUAGGAAGAACAACUCCAAACAUUUUUUAAACAAUAUUCUAUACUCGAGCAAAGUAUUCCCUCCGUAUUGUGCCGGAUUUUCUUACAUUUUGUCGCGUUACUUAGUGUCACGCAUUCUUGACGCAAGUCGCGUGAUCCUGCCAUUGUGGAUUGACGAUGUUUAUAUCGGAAUGCUCGUUUAUUACCUCGGGGUUCGUCCGUUAAAUCAUGAUGGAUUUCAUCUUCGUUUGAACGCUGUAAGCUCUAMAGAACUACAUGGCUUUAAUGAAUGYAGUUUCUUAAAUACGUUUACAUACGGGCAUCAAAUGGGACCUAAAGAGCUGAUUCAUGUACAUGAAACAUUCCGUAGAAUGGAUUCAAGAAGCAAUGGCUACUUGGUUUUUCAGUGUAUGUCAAAGAAUUUAGCAUUCACGAUGAGUGUGGUGGUUCCUAGYCUAUUGCUUUCUAUCACUGCGAUUGCUAUU